UUUUACAUUCUGAUCCGAGGAUCAGCUGGAGGCAGCAAUAAACAGAAGGAAAUUCUGCAGCGGAAAAAAACUGAGGAGGAGGAAAAAGCUGCAGAUGUUAUAAUCCGAAAACAUCAGUGUAACAUUUUUACACGAAGCCCUUCUUCUAAGAAGAAAGCCUUUUAUUUUUGUAUAAUAGUGUUUUAACUACCUCACUUAAAGACGAUCUUAAGCUGUGCUUUAAGAAUUGUUAUCGUUUCUACUGUGUUCGAGAUCUCGUUUACAACUUGAAUAAUAUUGCAAAGGCAGGCCUUCGCUCCAAACCAAGUCAACCUUACAUUUGCACUAGAGAAGCCUGUUCAAACCUGCUUGUCAAAAUCGAGAUCCAGUAAGGGCUUUAGGUGGAAAAUAAAAGAGACUCAAAAUAUCUAACAAAGUAUUGCUUAGAACAGCAACAAGUGAUACUUAAACACAAAUAAGAAAUUCAAUAAGGCAGCUAUAGCUUUUUCUUUAUUGACAAACAAGAAGUACCUGAGUCAUCACCACUUGACGAAACAAGCAGUCAUGUUCCAGCGUUUGAGCAGCCUGUUGUUUGGGGAGGUAGAAGAAGUGGCGGCUGAGCUGAAGGGACCCAACCCCUGUGUGACAGAGGCCGACGAGGAGGGAUGGAUGCUCGUCAACCUGCCUGAAGAAUCUGACUGCAUGAUUCAGGCAGACGAUGAGACGGGAGAACCAUCAAUUGCACAAUCAUUCCCAGAUAGUAACAAAUCAAAUCAAAAAGUCAUAAAUUCAAGGACUGAAAGCCUGGCCCCCAUUUCCCACCCGUCUAUCAAGCGACGUAGAACACAUAAAGCUCGGUCACGAGGUGCAGUAGCACCAUCAGACCCACGGUCUUGUCCAAGCGCUAGCCCUUCAGACUUGGGUGCCACUACACCUGUGACCCUGCCGAGACGGGCCAGGCUGUCCACACCCUCCUCAACCCCGUCAAUGUCCCCUGGCUCUGGAAGUGAGUGUGGGCGCAGUGGGGGUAGCAGUAGGUCAGGCCAAGAGAGAGGCUGCAUGGAUGAGAGCUGGUUUGUCACCCCUCCCCCCUGUUUCACUGCAGAGGGAGCCACAGCGGAGGCCAGCCCGAUGGAGGACCUGCUCAUCGAGCACCCCAGCAUGUCUGUGUACGUCUCUCCGAGCAACUUCUCCAUGGUCUCCAACAGCAACCUGUCCAUGUUGGGAGAGGAAAGCAUUGUCAGCCUGGCGAGCAGCGUGAGCAGAGUGGCAGAACCAGCUACUGCCCCGGCUACCCGCAGCACUAUGCCUACCAGGGUGAGCCGUGGAGCCGCUGCCCAGGCUGGAGCUCUGGCCAAGGUCACCCAAGUGGCCAGGGUCCAGCGUAGCAAAGCCCGCAUCGAGCGACGCCACCUGGGCCGCAACCGCAUCCAACGCCAAAACCGCACCCGGGAGCAGGUCCCUCGCCAUGCAGGCCACGCCAGAAACACCUUCCUUCAGCAGCCCACCAAGCGUAACAUCUGCCACUAAACUCCACUACACCAGGGGGCAGCGCUUAGUCUGAGGGCAUUAGUAGUGCAUAGUCAACUCCAAGACACACAGGAUUAAAUGUCUUCACGCAACACAUAUUUGCUUUCUUUUCUGCACAUUAUAUCAUAAUUAGAUGCCAGUAGACCAGUAGCUUUUUUGUUUUGGUCAAGUCACAAACUGGCUCCACCUGGUAGUUUAAUGCCCCUUUAAGAUGUCAAGCCCUCUGAGAAGAUCUGUGUAGACGUUUAAAACAGUUGUUAUCCAUUGCAGUAUCCAAACAACAACAAAAAAAGCAUAAAAAUUAUGUAUACAGGUUAUACUUGGUAACAAUAAUUACUAAUAAAAACAAAAAAAUAUA